AUGGCGCCUUGGGAAGAUUUCGACAGUGUAUUCUCGUUCAACAAGAACUUUGCCUAUGAUGGCAAAGUCAUUGAACAGAUUCUGUCCAACCGCCGGGCGUUGGACAACCAGCUGUUCGCCGACAGACUCCUAGGUCUGCUGGGCGUGAAAGCAGUGACAAAAGUAUACCCUCCAAAGUCCAACGCAGACCUCCGAACCCUUUUCGGGCACAUCGUAUCAUCCCCACUGGAUAUCCAUCACAAGCAGGCCUUGAUCUACUAUCUCUUGAAGGACUGCCGGGCGGCCAAUGACUAUGCUUCACAAUUUUCGCGGCGAUUCCAUCUUCCUGAAAAGUACCGUUUCUUUAUUGAAGGACUCUGGAACCUAGACAGGUUAGAAUUUAGGCGCGCUAUUGAAUAUUUGACCGAACCAUCCAUCAUUCCAACAUUUCCCGAUGAGAUUCUUUACGUUCUCACCCUACCACAGCUUCCAAAGCACGAUGACAGCCUCGUAAUGGCGUAUUACCUCACCGUGAGCCCACCGCUGGCUUCUGCAAAGGUCCAGAAAGCAUUCUUCAGAACCCUUUGUCGUUCCAGCAUUACGGAGGCCUUCUACUUUACCCGGAACUAUGACGACUUGCUUCGCCGGAAUUAUUUUACGCAACUAAUUGAAUUCGUACAUUCGACGGAAGCUGGCGAGACCCGGAGCAAGCGCGCUAUGGAAUUGAUUGGUCUUCCCUUCGAUGACCAGGAAGAGGAGUGGUUUGAGGACUGUCUUCUCCACGGAAAUGCAAAGGGGUUGCAUGGCGCGAAGGACACCGUCAUGAUGCGUCGUCUUGCGACAGGGAAGUUAGAGAACUUGUCUGCCGAUCUCGAGUCCUUGGGCGGAAAGAAGGUCGAUGGACUGAACUGGGACAUUCUCAGACAAGGAAUCCAACCAUCGCAGACAUACCAGGAACGCUGCAAAUUCGAGCACCCCGGCCAAUCAAGUUUAGGCUCAGGGAACCGCUUUGGAGUGCUGUCUGGAGGAGGUGGAGGAGGAGGCUUCGGAGGUCGUAAUGCGCAACAGAACCAGCAGCCAGCAAACUAUGGUAUCACAGCAGAUGAUAUCAAGGCCGACCUAACCGCUGGUAAGAGUCGUCCAGAAUGGGUCUUUUCUUGUUAUGGUCCUGGUAAAAACGCUCCAAAGCAAUUGUUUGGAGGUGUCCAGCGAGAGCAAUCCUUCGAAGAGUUGCGGCUGCGUCACUAUGAAGCUGCUGCAACAGGAAAUGCAGAGCAGGCAGUCCAAGAGGCUCAGGCUUUGUACGCCGAGGCAUUGAAACAAAUGGAUGUCAUAUUGAACGACCUUGGCGGUGCCGUGAAAUACAUCGUUGAUGGUAUCAAUGAACACCCAAAUAGAAUUGAUAUCACAGAAGGCAAGACGGGUCCUGCGGCCAGUCAAAGUCCGUCUCCAUUUGGUCAACCCUCAGCAUUCGGCCAGCCAGCUGCUAGCGGUCAGACAUCGGGAUUUGGCCAACCGUCGGGAUUGGGGCAGAGCUCUGGUUUCGGACAACCAAGUGCUUUAGGCUCAGGAUCAGCCUUUGGCAAGCCCUCUGGGUUCGGUCAGCCAUCGGCGUUAGGUCAGCCAUCGGGAUUUGGUCAACCAUCUACCUUGGGGCAGAGCUCUGGGUUUGGACAAUCAAGUACAUUGGGUUCGGGAUCAGCCUUUGGUAAACCUUCGGGGCUAGGUGGUGGACAGCCUGCGUUUGGUAAACCAGCGUUUGGACAGCCCAGUUUAGGCCAGUCGAACUCAGGCCAGCCCGCUUUCGGUCAAACAUCAGCGUUUGGGCAACCUUCAACAUUAGGAGGCUCAUCAUUCGGCACAUCCGCCAACGCAUCUCCUUUUGGCGCAAUAUCAAACCAAAAUCAAAGCGCAGGUGUCGGUUUUGGCCAAGCCGCAUCAGCCGUGUCUCCAUUUGCACAGGCUGCUAAUCAACAACCUGCAACAUCUUCUGGAUUUGGACAGUCAUCAACAACCCCAGCGACAACGGGCAGCUUCGGCCAGCCCACACAAACAUCAUCCCCAUUUGGCCAGCCCCAACCCCAGCCACAGUCAAACCCAUUUGGCCAGCCACCCACCGCACCAAAUCCUUUCGGGGCUCCCAGUCAACCACAGCAGCAACAACAACAAUCACAGGCCACUCCUUCACCCUUUGGCCAGCCAGCAUCCGGGUUCGCACAGCCCGCUCAACAACAACAACAACAACAACCCCCAAUUCCUACCGCCACGGCAGGCACUGGUCCUCCUGCCAUCAUCAAGGUUGAGGAUCCGAACCAGCUCAGCCCCAUUCCACCCUUAGCUGGCCAGACGGUCCGAGACCCUAUGACCAAGAGACUGUCCACAUGGAAAGGACAACCAGUCAAGUAUAUUGACAACAACCCGUGUUAUCUGCACCCUCAGGACCGCCAAACAUAUGUUCGCAUCUUCUUCCCGGAUGGGCCUCCCGACCAGGCGAGCUUGAGAGAUGCAACAGGAAAACCGGAACAGUAUACCCCCGAGGUUACGGAACAGUAUGAGUUCUUUGUGAAAAACGGAUACUUCAAGGACGGCAUUAUUCCCAGCGUGCCACCUAAGACGGAAUGGGUGAGCUUCGACUUUUAG